AUGUGGGUGUCAAGUAAUAAGGAGAUGUGGGUGUCAAUUAAUAAGGAGAUGUGGGUGUCAAGUAGUAAGGAGAUGUGGGUGUCAAGUAAUAAGGAGAUGUGGGUGUCAAGUAAUAAGGAGAUGUGGGUGUCAAGUAAUAAGGAGAUGUGGGUGUCAAGUAAUAAGGAGAUGUGGGUGUCAAGUAAUAAGGAGAUGUGGGUGUCAAGUAAUAAGGAGAUGUGGGUGUCAAGUAAUAAGGAGAUGUGGGUGUCAAUGUGGGUGUCAAGUAAUAAGGAGAUGUGGGUGUCAAGUAAUAAGGAGAUGUGGUGUCAAGUAAUAAGGAAUGUGGGUGUCAAGUAA